UUUUUUUUCAUUUCUGCAUAAACAUAUAUUCCUUGUGAAAAACAUUAGUCUCAACGCAUUUUCCUCUUGAAAUCUGCAAGAAAAUUUUGAAGGGUGUUCAAAAGCAAGCUGAAAAUAUACAGAUAAGUUAUUUUUAAUUAUCUCCUCAAUUCAAAAAAUUAAAGAAAAAAGAAAAAAAGACAAACAAAAAAAACAAGAAUCUUGGUUGAGGAGAAGAAUUGUUUGCAGCUGAAUAAAGGGGUGUUUAUCUUCAUUUUUCUUUUCUUAAAUUGGGGUUUGUUGUGAACAAAUUCAGUAUUCUGGAUUUAUACUGUUUUAUUGUGUUCUUUUUAAUUCUGAAGAAGACCCUUUUGGAUUUAGGGGCUAAAGCUCAGUUCUAUAAGUUAUUUCUUGGAAUUUUGAGAAAAGUUUGGAUUUUUUUUGCUUUACUGGUGCUAAACACAAAUUCUAAAGAAGACCCUUUUGAUUUAGGGGCUAAAGCUCAGUUCUUUAAGCUAUUUCUUGGUAUAUUAAGAGAAAAAGAUUGGAUUUUUUUGAUUUAUUGGUGUUUGGGUUGUGGUGAAUUGUUCUGAUUUUAAGCUUUGUUUUGGUUGGUGAAUUUCCUUAUCUGGGGGUUUUCUUGAUUGUUUUUUAUUGUGUUGGAUUCUGGUGCAAAGACUCAACUUUUUUACCAGUUAAGUCCUGUUUCUACUAUUUCUUUUCUUCCUUCCUGAGCCGAGCGUCUAUCGGAAACAGCCUCUCUAUCCUCCCAAGGUAGGGGUAAGGUCUGCAUACACACUACCCGCCCUAGACCCCACUUGUGUACUUCACUGAAUCUGUUGUUGUUGUUAAGUCCUGUUACUUUUGUGUGUGUGUGUUUAUUGAUUGGAUUGAGAGGGUUUAAUUUUAGAAAUUAGUUUAAGUUGUUGUUUUUGAGCUACAUAGUUUGAAAGAGUUGGAAUUGUUAAGCUCAGUAUGGGAAAGGAUUGGAAGAAGUCAAAAAAAUUAGGAGGCAAAUCUGGUGAUACUAGUAUGAAGCAAAACAAAGUUGGUGAAAAUAAUAGCCCGAGGCGAUUUGAUAAGGACACAGCAGUUUUCAUUGCAAUGUCUCAUGAACUUAAGGAUGAGGGGAAUAAGCUAUUUCAAAAGAGGGAUUAUGAAGGAGCUAUGCUGAAGUAUGACAAAGCUAUAAAAUUGCUUCCGCGGAACCACAUAGACGUAUCCUACCUUCGUAGUAAUAUAGCCGCUUGUUAUAUGCAAAUGGGACUUAGUGAAUAUCCUAGGGCGAUCCACGAGUGUAAUUUGGCUCUUGAAGUUACACCGAAAUAUAGUAAGGCACUUAUGAAGAGAGCUAGGUGUUAUGAGGCGCUGAAUAGGUUGGAUUUGGCACAGAGAGAUGUUAAUAGAGUGCUGGAGAUGGAACCGAAUAAUCUCAUGGCUAUUGAGAUUGCAGAGAGGGUGAAAACAACCAUUGAGCAAAAAGGCAUUGGAGCGAAUGACGUUCCUAUAGAUUUAAUUCCGGUACCUGAAUAUGUUGAACUACCUUUUGCUUCAAGUCUGUCGAAAUCAUCUAAAGAGAAGGCACAGAAGAAGAAAAACAAGAAAGUAGAGGAGGAGAUGGUUAAUGGCAAGGCUGAAGAAAAGGGAUUAGACAACCAAAUCGAUUUAAAGCAAGCUGAUAACAGGAACGAGGAAAAGAACGCUGAGAAUAAGGACGGGAAAGUCGAGGAGAUGAAACUUGAGAUAAGGAUUGAAGAAAAUAAGGAUAAAGAUCAGACUCAGGAAGAAAAGAUUGACGACAAGAUGGAGGGGAAGAAAGCUGAGAACAAGACCAACAGAAAGAAAGCUAAAGACAAGAGUAAGGAAAAGAAGAGUAAGAACGAGAUCGAGGUAAAUAAGGCCAAGGAUAAGCAGGAGGAGAAUAAAGACGAGGACAAUGAGGAGAGGCAAACUGAAGAUAAAUUGGUGAUGGAGGAAAUUCUCAGUCGUACCACAGAAGAAGAGCCAAAAAGAACAGUGAAAUUAGUAUUUGGGGAAGACAUAAGAUGGGCUCAAGUUCCUCUGAACUGCAGCAUCUUGACACUGAGGGAGGUCAUAGGUGAUCGAUUCCCGAACUUAAAAGCAGUUCUAAUCAAGUAUAGGGACCAAGAAGGUGACCUGGUUACAGUGACAACAAAUGAGGAGUUAAGAUGGGCUGAAGCUUCUGUUCAACAUGGUUCCGUAAGAUUCUAUAUCGUGGAAGUUAAUCCGGAGCAGGAUCCGUUCUAUGAGAAGAUCAAAAGGGAGGAAGACGAACAUAAAUACAGCGCGCGACAUAAUCAGAUUGUUGAAAAUGGGUAUGCUGAAAAAAGCAAGGAAAAUGGACCAGUUUGCAUUGAUGAUUGGAUCUUCCAGUUCUCUAAUUUGUUCAAGAACUAUGUUGGAUUUGAGUCCGAUGCUUAUCUGGAUCUCCAUGAAGUCGGAAUGAAGCUAUACUCUGAGGCUUUGGAAGAGGCAGUUACAAGUGAAGAAGCUCAAUGCCUUUUCAGCACAGCCGGAGAAACAUUCCAGGAGAUGGCUGCUUUGGCAUUGUUCAACUGGGGUAAUGUUCAUAUGUCUAGGGCACGGAAAAGGGUCUAUUUGAAAGAAGAUAGUUCCGGAGAAUCUUUGCUUGCACAGGUAAAAUUUGCUUAUGAUUGGGCUCAAAAGGAAUAUUCAAAAGCAGGAGAGAGAUAUGAGGAGGCACUGAAGAUCAAACCAAAUUUUUAUGAAGGUGUUCUUGCUCUGGGGCAGCAACAGUUUGAGCAGGCAAAACUUUCUUGGUAUUAUGCGAUUAGCACUGGUGUCGAUUUGGAUUCUUGGCCUUCUACAGAAGUUCUGCAGCUUUACAACAGUGCUGAGGAAAAUAUGGAAAGAGGUAUGCAGAUGUGGGAGGACGCAGAGGAGCAGCGUCUCAACGAACUAUCAAGUCCCGACAAAAUCCUUUCACAGAAGAUGAAGACGGAGAAUUUGUUCAAAGGAAUAUCUGCAGAUGAAGCUACUGAGCAAGCUGCAAAUAUGAGAUCUCAGAUAAAUUUACUAUGGGGUACAAUGCUAUACGAACGAUCACUUAUGGAGUUCAAACUCGGGCUUCCGCUCUGGCAUGAAUCUUUGGAGGUUGCUGUUGAAAAAUUUGAAUUGGCCGGAGCUUCUCCAACAGAUAUUGCUGUUAUGAUAAAGAAUCAUUCUUCCAACAAUACUGCAACAGAAGGGCUGGGAUUCAAUAUUGAUGAAAUUGUACAGGCAUGGAAUGAGAUGUAUGAAGCAAGAAGGUGGGAAAGAGGCGUACCUUCUUUCAGGUUGGAACCAUUGCUUCGUCGACGAGUUUCCAAGCUGUAUCAUGCCCUUGAAUUAGCAUGAGGUCUUGUUAUGGUGUCAGAGGAAUGAAGAAAGAAACUCGCUAUUACCGCUGCUGUUGCACCCUGUCUGUGCUUAUACUCACUGGGAAGGGAUUUACGUGCAUCAGCUGUUAAUACAGGUUUUGGAGUUUGGACCUUGCGACACUUGGAUUGUGCAUUACCUGUUUUUCAUUUCACAAAGAGAUGAAGAGGCAGAAAUCUCUUUUUCUUUAUUUUUGCCUACUUGUCGUCGUCUUGCCCAGUGUAGCGGUUCCUCAAACUCAAAGGCAGUGGCGAAUCGUUUCAGUAGUUUUUAAUUAUUCUCCUUUGGCUCAUGGAAGGGUCCUAAGGCAUUAUUUUCUUAUAGGAAUUUGUUUCUUGGCAUUAUUUUCUUAUAGGAAUUUGUUUCUUAGGAACUUUUUGUUCUCAUUAGCCUUCCUUUCUUGGCUUGUACUAUUCUGUGUCAGUUGGCCUUUUGUAGUUUUUUAAUAGUUGUCACUAUUAGUGUCUUAAAUAGAGUUAUAUGGUGUACUUUUAUGAUGUCCAGAUUGUUGGUUAGGAGGUAAUACCACUCUUGGCAAACACCUCAUUUGUAUUUGAACUGCACAGUUAAUUACCAUUCAAAAUGAACGUUGAAGGUA